CUCAUCUCAGAGUCCUUUCUUUUAGAGAUUGUCCCUACCGGAAAUCUUUCCGUCUUCUUAAAAAGGAAGCCGGCACCAACCCCCACAGCAACUCUACAAAGCCCAGAUGACCAGUGUCGAUUAAAGUUCCUUCUUUUCUCCCUAUUGGCUGACACUGUUCAUAAAAUAUAAUUUGUUGCUCCACAUUUCUUUUACAUGAACAAGCUGAAUAAAUUGGAGGAGAAAGACAAGAGAGAUAGAGGAGACAGAAGCCACAGCAUCUGAAGGGCAGGAACUUACAGAGAGAAAACUUGUGUCCUAUCUCUAGCCAGCUUCAUAUCAGGAAUGGAACCAAACAACAGCAGCAGCAGGAACUGCAUGAGUGAAAGCUUCAAGAAAGAAUUUUACCCAAUUGCAUACCUGAUAAUAUUUGUCUGGGGAGCCAUGGGGAAUGGCUUAUCAAUUUAUGUUUUCCUGCAGACUUACAAGAAGUCCACAUCUGUGAAUGUUUUUAUGCUCAACCUGGCCACGUCAGACCUCCUAUUCAUAAGCACUCUACCCUUCAGGGCUCACUACUAUUUGAACAGCUCCAACUGGAUAUUUGGGGACCUGGCCUGCAGAAUUAUGUCUUAUUCCUUGUACGCCAACAUGUACACGAGCAUUUAUUUCCUAACUGUGCUGAGUGUUGUGCGUUUCCUGGCCACUGUUCACCCCUUCCGGCUUCUCCAUGUCACCAGCUUCAGAAGUGCUUGGAUCCUAUGUGGGAUCAUAUGGCUCUUUAUCAUGGCUUCCUCAGCAGUGCUUCUGAGGAGCGGUUCUGAGCUGAAGAACAACAUCACGACAUGCUUGGAGUUGGAUACCCAGAAGUUUGGUAAACUGCUGGUCAUGAACCACAUUGCCUUGGCACUAGGCUUCCUGCUGCCAUUCUUCACUCUCAGCAUCUGUUACCUGCUGAUCAUUCGGGUCCUAUUAAAGGUGGAGAUCCCGGAAUCAAGUUUACGAGCUUCUCACAGGAAAGCACUGACCACCAUCAUCAUUACCUUGAUCAUCUUCCUCCUGUGUUUCCUGCCUUAUCACAUACUGAGGACCCUCCACCUGAUCACAUGGAACAAGGACUCAUGCGGAGAUGGGCUGCAUAAAGCUGUGGCUAUCACACUGGCCUUGGCAGCUGCCAACAGCUGCUUCAAUCCUUUUCUCUACUACUUUGCAGGGGAGAAUUUCAAGGAUAAAUUGAGGGCUGUAUUCACAAAAGAUCAUCUGCAGAAGGCAAAGAUAAAGUGUAGUUUUCCUGUUUGUCUGUGGCUGAAAACAGAAACAAGACUGUAAGGAGUUAGUAGGCGAGACUUGUUCAUGAAUCUUAUGUCCUUCAUUCACCCAUAGUCUCCAGAUUACUUUGUAUUUGCAUCAUUCCCAGCAGAUGUUGAUUCUCAACAUUUAACUGACCAUGACUUCUGUGAAUAAGGCCUCCUUUAGAAAUUUCACUGGGUAUAUUUUCAUUGAUUGAGUCUCAAUGAGGGUUGUGGGAGGAAAGAAUUCCUACCUGAGUCUUACAUGUUAAAUGUCAGAUUGGAGGUAAGGGGUUGGGGAUUUAGUUCAGCAGCACAGUGCCUGCCUGGCAAGCACA